GGUGUGCAUGGUAACAGCUAUUUGUGGAUAGUAACAGCGUACUAACAGUUGAUUAGGGUUGCCUGAGCCUGUCUCAUAAAAAUCAAAGCAGAGCAAACUUUUUUAUGGUGUCCCAACCAGACUACUUUUUCUCGCGCACCAGAGAAACCGGGUUAUCAGCUUCACCCCGUGCUGCCCAUUACCCGUGGGACAGUGCUCCCGCUGUACCCGAAGAAAAUUCCCAGGUUAAAGGCCGCGAAAACAGGAAUUUCGCCCUCUCAUCUCGGCUGCGCUCAGUAGUGUACUCGCUGGCAGCUACAGCGGCCAGAGUUGGCAGAGACCUGCUGACCCGCAUCACCCUUCAGCAGUGUCUGUCGUCGGUCUGCUAAGAAAAGAUGGGUCCCGGGCCCUGCACAAAGCUUUGUCUUUCAAUUAUAGCCGCAUGGAUGUUGAUGGGCCGCGUAUCGAGUGACGACGUAGACUUGGCACUGGCCUUAACGUUGCAAGAAGUCCAAGACGCUUACCAAGCGACCUCUCCGAGCACGACGCCCUCUCAAGCGUAUCCGACGAUGCCGGCCGACGGUCCCCGAUACUCCCCGGCACUUCGUCACCAACGGAACCGACCGGUGCACCCGGACUCCGUGCUCAUGGACACGAUGCAGCUCUGGGACGAGCAGGCGCUGCUGCUGCUCAUGAAACGGAACAACGCGUCCAAGACAGAGGUGCAACACGCCGUGGCCAAGAUGGACUUGAGCGAGCUGGAGGCGGUGUCGAUGCGCAAGGCGCUGUGCGGCAGGCUGUACCCGACCGAGUGCGACCCGUCCGACCCUUACCGCUCCCUGGACGGCUCCUGCAACAACAUCGAGCAUCCCAGCUGGGGCAAGGCCCUCAGCUGCCACGCGCGGAUCACGCCACCGGUCUACCCGGACGGCGUGUCCUCGCCGCGGACGCUGUCCCUGUCCGGCCGGCCGCUGCCCAACCCCCGCCAGGUGUCCAACGCCCUGUGGGACCUGCGAGCGGCACCCGGGGCCACCUACUCGCAGCGACACACGCACCUGGUCAUGGCGUUCGGACAGCUCGUCGACCACGACCUGGCACUGACGCCCGACGCCAGAGGAGUCAACGGGUCCCUGCUGCAAUGCUGUGGCGACGGGGGCGAGAGGUCGCCGUCCUGCUUCCCGGUGAGCGUGGCCGGCGACGACUCCUUCUACGGGCCGCUGUCCGUGUCCUGCAUGAACUUCGUCCGCUCCUCGGGGUGCAGCGACUGCGGCGGAGUCAUGCACGAGCGUCGAUUUGUGAACCAGCAGAGCGCCUACCUGGACGCCUCGCACGUGUACGGCACGAACCAGUUGGAGCACGACACGCUCAGGGACCCCGAGGGCAUGGAGCUGAUGCUGCUCUCCGAAGGGCGCCUGCUGCCCCGCAGCCUGAGGCCCGACCGCGACGGGUGCAGCGACCCCGAAACGGCACGCUUCUGCUUCCGAGCCGGCGACGGCCGGGUCAACCAGCAGCCGGCCAUCGCCGUGCUCCAGAUAGCGUAUGCUCGCCAGCACAACCGCAUCGCCCGGGAACUGAAGAAGCUGAACCCCGGCUGGGACGCCGAGACUGUGUACCAGGAGGCCAGGCGCGUCUUGGUGGCCCAGCACCAGCACAUCAUCUACACCGAGUACCUGCCCGUGGUGCUGGGCCGGCGGUUCCCGCCCAUCCCGGGUCUGCGCAGCCGCUACGACGCCCGGCGUGACCCGUCGGUGCUGGUGGAGUUCGCGACAGCCGCGUUCCGCUUCGGACACGGCAUGGCCGACCACUACUCCCUGGUGGACGAGCACUUCAGGGGCACCGUCUACUCGCUGGCCGACCACUACUUUCUGGUGGACGAGCUGCACGACAAGGGCACGGUGGACCGGCUCAUCCGCGGCCUUGCCCUCCAGCGUGCGCGCGUGCCCAGCCCGGCGCUGUCGGACGCCGUGCGCGAGCACCUGUACCGGAACGCGAGCAGCCAGGCGGGCCUCGACCUGGCCUCGCUCAACGUGCAGCGGGGACGGGACCACGCCAUACCCGGGUACGCCUUCUGGCUGCGCCGAUGCCUCGGACGACGGGUGCACGACUUCGCGGACCUGUACGCCUUCAUGGAACCUCGCCGAGCACAGCUUCUCGCGGAGCUCUACGAGCGCCCCGACGACGUCGACCUGUGGGUUGGCGGCCUCAUGGAGCGACCCGCGAACCCGGACGCCCUGGUGGGUCCCACGUUCGCCUGCAUCAUCGCACGCCAGUUCCGCGGCCUCCAGGAGGGGGACCGCUUCUUCUACAGCCACGGGGGACCCAUGGCUCUCACGGACGCGCAACUGCUGCAGGUGUCGCAGUUCAGCCUGGCCAAGCUGCUGUGCGCCAACGCGGACGAGCCGCACCGGAUGGUGGUGCAGAGGGACGCACUGCUCAGGCCCGACGCCAUCUCGAACCCACUGACCCCGUGUGACCAUCUACCGGACACGGAUCUGAGGUACUGGACGAGGGCGUCCGCCAUGGGGUGGGACCGCUAGUUCGGGCCCUGCGUCCAUCGGCUGUCGCCCGCACCGGCACAUCGCCUCUGCCUUCACCGCAGCCGUCGAGGCAAGUCGGGCGUCGGCGCUGGACGCAAGGUGCAACCUCGAGCGACGCAGCCAAUGGGCGCUGUGACAGCGCGCAAAGCAAGCUGUCGUCCCUCAGUCUCGUCGGGAAGCCGAAGCAAUUGAGAAUAAAGCCGACAGCUCAUUCUCAGAAGAAGUGCA